CUCACCCGCGCGUAUUACCAAAACACUCCAUAAUCAACGUACAGUUUGAUCAGUACAGUGGAUUUUGAAGUUGCAAAAUACGUGACGGAAGGUGAAAAAAAUACUCUUCCCUAACUACCCGUGACAAACGGUGAUAAAAUCUAUAGCAACCUGAGGCUGUCUACAGGCAGCAAACGAGUGGUAACCUUUCAUUUUGUAACACCAGCGAAUGAGCAGUAUUAUUUCGAUUUGCUGUCACAACAAAGAGAAAAGCUGUUCGCAAAGGCCAGCAAGUAGCAGCCAGCGCAUUAGAAGAGGGGGCUUUAUUUUCAUUUCUGCACCCCGUAAGGUGAGCGAAAAACAGCGAGGUAUUUGAUUCGAGAUAUUCGCUAUUCUCACCAAAAGAAUCUCGGUGUUUUUACGAAAAGAAGGGUGGUUUACUAGUACUUCGGUGAAAUUCGAUUGGUGUUAUUGAAGUUGGCAGUUUUGGGUGUUGUUUUCACUGGGAAAAGUAUGGAACGAAGCAUCGGACGACAGGGACCUAUGAUGUCCCCGGGAAUGUCAAGACGGCCUGGUGGAAUGCCACCACGAGAUAGCUAUCAAUCACAUUCGUAUCACCAGCAACAGCAGCAGCAGCUUCCAAGUCCACACCAACAUCACCAGCAACAGCAGCAGCAGCAACCACAGCAACAACCACAGCAGCUACUACAGCAGCAGCAAACACCAAGUCAAUUCCAGCAUUCUCAGCAUGAUGAGCUGAUACGAUACAUUAAUGAGGCAUGGAAUAGCAUUACGCAAGAUAAAAGCCAAACACCUCCAGUAUUCUACAAAAGUGUACCUGAGCCGCGGCUGGUCGGCUUCACACCGUUCGAUCUGGAAGCAUGGUGGGGUCGACGGUUGGUACACAAACUCAACAUUUCCACCCACGGUCAUCAGUGAAUCAGUGCGAUGCAUGCCACUCGUUUCCUGUUGUAAGUGCUUGUCAAUAAACCGGAAGCAUAUUUAAUUAUCUAACAAAAUUAAAACCGAAUCAAACCAUUUGGAAGCAAGCAGAAGAAGCAGGUCCGCAUCUGGAACAGAAAAUCCUUCGGCGUUGCAAAAAAAUUCAAACCGAUACAGUUUCAUUUAUUUCGUUACAUGCUUAUUUUUAUGGUGUUUUGAGGGGUUUCGGGCGAAACGGCAUAAAUUAUGUUGAUGAUUCAAGAGCUAAUUAUUUCUUAAUCAAGAAAUACUAGAAAUCGAUACAAAAUCCUUGAUUCGUGCAAGGAUCCCUAAAAUCAGAUGAUUGUAAAGAAAACAAUGUCUUUUUAUUACAAACUAUAAUGUAAAAGCAAACGACAUAAGAUUGUGAAUACGGUAAAACAAAUAUAGAUGUUUUUAUUCGUGCUUUUUUUCUGUUUCGUUUCUCCCUACACAUCUUUGUAACAUAAAAUUACGGAUGAAUUGAAUAUGUAAUAAAUAGAAUGGAUCAAACAUAGUUCGUUUAGUCGAUAA